AUGCCACCACACCUACACCCGCGCUCCCGCAUGACAUCCUCCCUCUUCGCCACAACCGUAGCCGUCAGCUUCCUCGUCGUAGCCGUCCCGCACAUCCUGCCGUGUCCCGCGCCGCGGAUCGCACACGCCGACUCCGCCUCAGCAACCUCCCAAACCUACAUCGAGACCGUAGUGCUGCCCGACGGGACGGUCAGGCAGAGGCGGCGGCGCAGCAGACGGUCGCCUGCGGAGGUCAAGGAUGGGAUUGCGCAGUUUGGGGCCGCGGCGAGCGGUAGUCGUAGUACUGGGGAGGGAGAUGGGGAGACGGAGGUGGUCCCGGAGAUUGGGAGCGAGGAGGGCCGGCCUAGAGAGAGGAGGGAGUGUCCCGUGCCGAAGCCCGGGGGCGUCAUUGGCGAGCUGAUGGGAUUCAGGAAGGAUAGGGACGCGUCGAGCACGGUGGAUAGGAGGCGGACGGAUGGUGGUGGUGUAGGGAAGAGGACAAACGGCGACACAUAA